AUGGAUGAAGAACAGCGUGAUAUGGAAGCACACAAAGCCUACUACAACAGGCUUCAAUACGUCGCAGAUGCUCAACAGGGAUUCCCAAAAUCUGUCCUUAAUGACGGGUUGCAUUUCAGACAACCAUGGGUUAUGGGAGUAGAAGAAGAGGUUGAGUGGCUCAAACUUCGGGUUCAUGAACAUGAGAAACUUCUUAGAGAGUGCCAGGAGCUUAAGGCGCAUGUGAGGAUGUUGGUUGUCCGUGUGGCUGAACUUGAGAGAGCUAUAUGA